AUGUUAGAUAAGAAAGCAGACAAGAACCAUACACAUAAAUCCUUCACAACUGUUGCUAUAGAAAGUAUUGAAGGAACGGUUGAAGAAACUGGUGGGGAUGCAUUAUAUUGUAAACCUCCUAACUUUCCACAAGGUUUAACAUCGGAUGACGACAUAACGACGAUGAGAAACAUUAGAUGUAAAGAUGUUUAUGUCAUGAAGGAUGAACAUAAUAUUAAAUUCACUGCUCAAGAUUUAUAUGACAAGAAAGCAGACAAGAACCAUACACAUAAAUCCUUCACUACUGUUAGAGCAGACGACAUAAUAUUGAACUUUGACCUUGGUUCAAGUGCACCUUUAGAGAAUCCGAGUACAAGCGUAAAAGAUACUCUUAACAAUUUAGAUAAGAGUUGCAGGAAUACCGAAGAUCAUGCCAGAAACUUUGAAGCAUAUGAACUACCAGCAAUGUUAGACAAGAAAGCAGAUAAAACUUAUGUGGAUGCAGAACUAACAAAGAAAUUUUCGAAACCAGAUACAAUGACAUUUACAACAGAAAUUAUAAAUGGUGAACCAGCAACUCCAUUUGAAUUUGUUAGAGGUCUUCAACCAGAUACUUUUGAAUUUUUCUUGGAUAAUUCUAUUGAACUAACAUUACAUUAUAAAAGUGGAACAAAUGCAACAUUUCAUCCGGGAGAUACAUUCCAAAUGGUAUUUAAUGACAUAAGUUCUUUAGAAUAUGUUUAUAGAGUUAUGAGCAUAUAUGAUUUAAUAUAUCCUAUAGGAGCUGUUUAUACGUCUAUGAAUCCAAUAAAUCCAAACACUUUAUUUGGUGGUAGAUGGUAUGAAAUAGUUGACAGUUUUCCAUUCUACACUAAUACGCAGUCAAUGAAGAUGGGAG